AUGGCGGAGGGAUCGAGGGUGCAGGUGGUGUGUACCCCGUACACUGCCAUCGUCGAAGAAUACACUCUUUUCCUCAAGGCGCACCAAAUCGCUGCGCAGGCGUUGUCCAGUGCCAACGCCAUCGUAGGAAGCCGUCUCUCAUCAGCGCGCAAGUUCACUAGAGACGUGAACGGUGUACCUCGUUACCCAUCACCAGCGAUGUACAGCACCGAAGAAAAUGAGAACAGGAAUGGUGUGGACGCCCCAACACGCAUGGAAGUACUGGAGCUGCCAGCGUCACUGUUAUGCGCAUGGCUUCGGCACACUGAGGCCGUAGCAGAAAACAAGGACACCGACGUGGACGAAGACACGGGCGAUGUGGCGACCCGGCUUCAGUCGAGGGAGGAGACGUGGCUCUCGGUGCAGCCAGCGCUCGAGUACGCAUCCCCUACCUACGGGCCCGUCCACGCGGUCACCUGGCUGCAGUGGGAGGAAAUCAAGGCGCUCCACAAUUCCGAGCAGCCGCACCAGAAGCCGCCCGCAAGAAGUAUGCGGCCGUGCAUCCUCGUGCAGUUGGUGCUGCUGUGGUUCCAUAACGGCCAGAUGUAUCGGCUGACACCGGCAGAGUUGGUAAAUGUAGAGAGCAAGACGCUCACUGCACGGUCACCGCCGCCGCCACCGCGCACCGCAUCGACAGGACCGUCAGUAUCGGCGCCUUCCACGUCACUCUCCACGCGCUACGUGACGCUGGAGUACCCGCCUGGUGCCCUGUGGCCCCACCGUAUUCCCGUGCCGAUCGCAGAGCCGCUGCUGACCCGCCAAGAGCUGAUCGAGCUGGUGCGGGCAACGGCCAACAUACGUCGGCACCAUCCGCUGCGUGUAGCGUACCGAGUUUGGCCACAGGCCAUUCCGCCCACAGCAGCAGUGCCGGCAGCGGCGCGGUCCUGGUCUAGUAGCAGCGCCGGCGUCUCCUGUGCCGCAGUGCGGGUUGUCGUGGCCGCGCCGACCACGCGUGCGCCUCCCCUGCGCGCGCUGGAAAGCGACGCAGCGAUGGCGGAGUUCGUUCGCGAUAUUCUGACUUACGGCUGCACGGCCGUACAAGUGGUGGCGGUGCGCAGUGUCCGCGCUUCGUUAGAGGACACAAAUCGAAGACGGCUCGAGGCGGUCGGCAGCGGUCUGUCAGUAGCACUGCAGCAGUCCUACUGUGCUGAGCACAACACGCGAACGGUGGAGGAGAAGCGGGCUGUGGUUGCCACAAACAACGCGCGCAGCAGUGAUGCCGAGCGCGGCAUCACGCGAAAGGACAGCGCCACUCAGCAUGGGAGUGUCGCCUCCGUGCGGUGCGCAGCAGGAGUCGCCUCUCCGUCACCAAUGGCGGCAACGGCGGAAAGGCAGAGCGACUUUCACACAGUGAUGCCGCUGGCCAUUGAGAGAGCAAAUGAGGAAGUGGAGGCUGAGAACAGCGAGGCGUUCACCUGCGCCGUCUACCAGGAAGAAGCUUCGGACAAGCUCGUCUGUGCCGCGCCUGCAGAGGUGGGGAAAAUGGCGGCACUGGCAGAGAAGGUUAGCGGCACGAGCUGUCUGGGAGGCGGCGGCGACGCCGCCCUCUCGCCGUCUCUACAGAGCAAUCAGUUGCUUCCGCAGGGGCCGCCCUCAUUCCAGGACAGGGAUUUGGGAGCCUCUGGGGAAGACGGUCCUCAGUUCUUACCGCGAGACGCGCUACUACCCUCUCUCUAUGAGGUGAGGACGAGCAACAACACCCCUCCUGGUGCAGCAGCUCUGCAAGUCACCCAUGGUCGCCACCUCAGCGAUGAAGACGAAUUCGGUGAGACAUGGCGCAACGCCGAGCGGUACGCCGAGUACGUUUCAGGCGAGGAAAUGGGGGGUGGCGUUGAUUCACAAUUGCGGAGCCAACCGCAGCAGCCUGAGUCGCAACACCGGACGCUGCAGCGCACUCGUGUGAACGACAAUGUGCAGUGCAAAACGCCUGUGGAGGACGUGAAAAAGGGAGAGCCGACGACGCCGGUGCGGAAGGGGUCGCCGGUGCAGCACAUGGAGAAGCUCAUAGCUGAAGACUCGAGGAGCGACCAUCGGGUUUCACACCCACUGCAUGUACUUUACCCUGCGUCAUCACCGCUCACGUCGUCUGCCGAUUCAGGUGACAUCGCUGCAGGGACUGCGAAGGGGGCGACCACAGACAACUUUACUACACCUUCCCCGCCACCGUGCGCGAAGUCGUCGUGCUCUGUCUCCGCCACGCAGCAGCAGCAGCAGCAGCACACCACCACAAGCAGCUUCAGCAGCGCCGCAACGCCAGAUCCUGCGACUACGGUGUUCGUGCGCUACGAAGUGGACCCCACUAUCGUGUGUGUCUCCGGCCCGGUGCUGCAGGCGGUGCUGCAGCACCUUCAGGAAGUCAUCUUCCAGCGAUGCUGCGCCCACCUCUGCCAAGACCUGGACGCGCCGCGCCCUCGCUUUCACGCCGCCCACCACCAUCACCACACCGGUAGCACACCAACCACCAAGGCAGCCACUAACUCCAUCGACUGUUUCUCGAGCGCUGUAGCAGCCUCCAGCGGAGCCGCGACGGUGGUGGGGUUCAGCAACGGCGACCGCACUAUCAGAGCCUCCGGCCUCCCAGCCGUGCCCUGCGCAGAGUAUAUUCUGCCGCUCUACCAGUAUACAUUCACCCGAGUCGAAGAGGACGCCCUGGAGCGCUGCAUUGCGGAGAUUAUGGCAGUCUACCAAGGGCUCGAGCAGCUACCGGCGAAGGAGGCGGAGGAGUGGAUACAUGGCACAUCAAGCCCCUUCCCCCUUAGGAGCUAA